GCGUAAUCUCCCGGCUGUGUGUACGUGAAGUCGUCAGCACUGCAGUCUCUACUAGCAGCUGGUUAACAGAAAGAUAGGACGCCCAGCAAGAGCUCUGUACUUUCAACCACCAAAACACUGAAGUAAAGGUGAGGACCACAAUGGCAGCGGCUCUUGAUCCAGAUCUAAUGAGGGAGGUUCUUGAAUGCCCUAUCUGCCUGGAAACCUACAACCAGGAACAAAUGAGACCCAAACUCCUGCAGUGUGGCCACACAGUGUGCCGGCAGUGUCUGGAGAAGCUGUUGGCCAAUACUAUCAAUGGUGUCCGCUGCCCUUUUUGUAGCAAGGUCUCCCGUAUGAGCAGCAUCUCCCAGCUGGCUGAUAAUCUCACUGUGCUCAAGAUUCUGGAUUGCACUAUGUCCUGCAGUGCUGCUGCUGCCGCCUUAAUGUGCAAGUCCUGCUGCAACCGCCUGCCACGGCAGUACUGCCGUGAUUGUGCCAUGGUUCUCUGUGAGCUCUGCAAAGGAGAGGGCCACCUGCAUGAAGGCCAUGCAGUUCAGCCAAUAAGGAUGGCUGCUGAACAGCGUCGUAAGGACCUGGGUGGUAAACUGGAGGCGCUCCGUGAUGUUAUAGGAGAAAUUCAGAAGAAAAAGACAGUAAUUGAAAACAUUUCCAAGUCCUUGAGACUAAAGUACCGGGCAAUUCAGCAGGACUAUGCUACAGCUGAGCUACGUCUUCAAGAAGAGCUCAGCAGAUCUAGAAGGACAUUCAGAGCUUCCAUGGCAGAAGUAGAAAAGCUCAAUGCACAGGUCCUGGAGGAGCAGACAUAUCUACUUAACAUUGCAGAGGUGAAAGUGGUGUCACGCUGUGAUUAUUUGACAAUGCGAGCCAGGCAGAGUGAUAUUUCCUUGCUAAAGGAUGAUGGCGGAGACAGUGAUGAAGAAGACCUGGAUCUGAAGAGCAGUUUACCCACAAUGUUUCAGCUGCAACAGCCAGAGCUGAUCAGAACUGAGCACUCUAAACCUCUAGAAGUGGGCCAGUUGACGACAAGAACUUACACCGUCAAUACAGAUGAUGAUGAGAGUGGGUUAGAAAUUGCACUUGAAGGUGAUGUAGAGGGUGCAGGGGCUACAGGUGGUGCAGUGGGGGCUCCAGUGGAUCUUUACCGAGAUGUUGACAUGGUUGCUGCGGUAGAGGAGGCAGUAUGUGGUUCACCGAGCAGCUUUAAGUCAAAGUCUAUGGAUGCAGGAGGGGGUUCACCUGGAGCAGCGCGGGCAAGUUCAGGGACACCAGUCUGCCAGUUUGUAAAGAAGAUGGGCUCUAAGGGAACUCAACCUGGGAAUUUCAACCUACCUGUCAGCAUCUGUGUGACACCUCAAGGUGAGGUACUGGUGGCCGAUCGUGGAAACUUCCGUAUCCAGAUUUUUAAUCGCAAAGGCUUCCAACGUGAAAUUCGACGCAAUGCCAGUAGCAUUGACAACUUUGUUCUGAGCUUCCUGGGGGCUGACUUGCCUAAUCUUAUCCCCUUAUCCAUUGCUGUGACUGCUCAAGGCUUGAUUGGUGUGACUGACAACUAUGAUAACUCAGUUAAAGUCUAUACCAUGGAUGGGCACUGUGUGGCCUGCCACAAGAACCAACUGAUUAAACCCUGGGGUAUUACUGCCAUGCCGUCAGGCCAGUUUGUGGUGUCAGAUGUUGAAGGUGGCAAGCUGUGGUGUCUAGCAGUGGACCGCAACGUUGGUGUGGUCAGCUACAACCGACUUUGCUCUGCUGUGCGGCCGAAGUUUGUGACAUGUGAUGCAGCUGGAACAGUCUAUUUCACCCAGGGGUUGGCCCUGAAUUUUGAGAAACGCCAGAAUGAGCCCCACCUGGAGGGUGGCUUUUCCAUUGGUUCAGUGGGUACUGAUGGCCAGCUUGGCAAACAGCUCAGCCAUUUCUUCUCAGAUACAGAAGACUUCCGCUGUAUCACUGGCAUGUGUGUGGAUUCCAAUGGAGAUUUGCUGGUUACAGACAGUGGCAGGAAAGAAAUCCUCCAGUUUCCAAAAGAAGGUGGAUACAAUAUUUUAAUCCAGGAAGGGCUGACCUGUCCUGUGGGAGUGGCCACUACCCAGAAAGGACAACUGCUAGUGCUGGAUUGUUGGGACCACUGUGUUAAAGUGUACACAUACAUUCAGAGGAGGCAUUCCUCUACUUCUUAGAAGAACAAUCAAGUCUAAUUGCACAUGAGCAUCAGAGUAAGUCUGUAAAGAAGCUUGAGAAAGUAAGGAAUACUCUUUAAUUUAGCUGCAGUCCAGACAGUUCACUGUAGCUUUCAUUUGGGUUAUUAAAUGAAUGGUUCAGUCAAUUUAGGUCCAGUAUUGGAUUUUCUUUUUAGGACCUCAAAUUUAAUCUGGUUCUUUUGAUGCAUCUGACCUUAGAAAAAUUUUAAGAUUAAACACACUGGCAUGUUGUCUCAUUAAAAUAAGCCUAAGAUGCAAUUGAUAUUUAAGCUACUGAGGCACAAAGUACAGCUGAUACCCCCACCCCCCCCAGCUGUUAUUGACUGCUGUAUUCACCAAUCAGCCUGGCUUUCACUAAACAUGUAUAUACAUUAAAUAAAGCAUAAGGCUUUGGGCCUGUGAAGCACUUUAUGGAUACAUCACUGUUUUCUUGUGUUAGGUUUUAGUAGCACAUGCUAACAUUGAUGUUGCUGAAUGCAGCUGGCAGCUUUAAAGUUUACUGCACAGUUAGCUCAUAGCAAAACUAAGUACCAGCAUUUAUUAAAUUGCAUUUGGUAACAUUCAGGGAAUAUUAAACAUAAAACAUUAAGGUAGGUACUAAAAAGAGGGCAAACUCUAAUUUAUGUGCUGUGGUGGAACUAUUGGUAAAUUGCAAUAGGGACACUUACUGGAAUUAUAUUUAUUUAUAUUGUUAAUUCCUAUUUUUUUGGAAACUUUUUAUGUAGGUCUAUAAUGGUGAAAGAGAGUGUUUUAAAGCUCAUUUAAAGGUAGCCUUGUUAAUACAAUCAAAUUAUAGAUUUUUAUUCUGUUGACCACAUUAUCAUUUUUCUGUGGUACUUCAGGAGCACAUUGUCUUUUUUUUUUCUGGUGUUUUCCAAGGAAAUGUCACUAAAAUCCACAGCCUGAGCUACAAACCUUUUUCUCUCUGUACAGUUUACAUUUGUACAUUUUUGUAACAUACUUUGAGUGACUUUCCAGCCACAGCUUACCUACUAUAUCACUGAAAGACAGGCAGAUGUAAAAUAAAUUCUGUCAGCUGCUCCAGAUCAUAUUCCAGCUGUUUAUCUCACUCAUAGAUCUUUACCUCAGUUUCAGUCCUCUUCGUUUUCUUCUUUUUGCUUCACCUGCAGUAUUGGUAGUGUUGAAUAGUUUUAAUCUGGAUGAAAACACACAGUAGCUCCUUUUCUUUUUUUUUUUCUUCUUGCACAGAGCUGUGUCCAUUAUACUAGAGCAGUAAUGUUCUAAGGGCUAGGAUGACCUUUGUAGCUUGGAAAGUGUUUCAAAGUGGAAAAAAAAAAUCUCUGAGGGGUGUACUAUGAAGUGAGAUUAAGUGAGCUGUUUCAAGCUUAAACUCAGAGUUUUCAACAUCAUGAAAGUGGCUCUCAAUUUACCUGGCUAAAUCACCAUGGUAACUUAAGCUAAACACAUAACCUGGCUGGGAGUAGGUUAUGUUCAGAGUUUGGUUUACAAUCAGCUAGAAGUGCCAUGUUUUCACUGAUUCUUUUAUUCAAAGCAUAUAUUAAGUACUGCAUAGAGUCUGUGCUUGGAGAAUUUGUUUUACAUAUGCAACUUGUUAAGCUCCCUGAAACUACUGAAUGCCAUAAAGUACCAGGAGUGCAGACUGGCUUGCAUUGUCACUGGAAUUUGCAUGUAUUCAGUUGGUGAUGCAGAAAAGGUAUAGACAUUUUCAUACUAAUCUGCUGUGAAGUCUGUUUUAAGCUGCUGGAAUUGCAGCUACUAGAACAAAAAUUGGAAAAUCAAUCAGACCAUUUAUCACCAAGAAUACCUGUUCAGUCAGUAACAUAAAUUUCACUUUGAGCUGGUGGAAAAACAAGAGAUCUGCACGUUCCUUUAGUAGGUCUUGGGACAGUAACCUUUAAUGUUUAUCUGUAUCCAAUUUAAACGUUCAGAGCUCAAAUGUGCAGCAGUCACAUUAGAAAUAAACAGCAUUAAUGUAAAUAUAUCUUGUGUUAAAUUUGAUUUUCUGCAGAAUUAAUCUCUUGUCUUAUUUGCAAGUAUUUAAUUUUACUUAAAAAAAAAAAAAGUUCUUUAUAGAUUUUUAUCAUCAUUAUCUUGUAACGUUGCUAAUUGGAAGUGGCAGCAGUCUCAGGAGAGUCAUAACAUGUGAAACACCCCUUUUUGUGUGAGCAGGCACAGACCCCAGUUUAACAGAGAAAGCCACUGUCGAUUAGCACCAUCAUGAUACUCGUCAUCUCCAACUGGGGUUUUAGAUUUUUGUCAAGCCAGCUAACAUAAAGCAAGUUUAGCUGUGUUGAGCUUCCUUUGUAGUAUACCCCUCUGUUCUGUCCGUUCUCCAGUAAAGUACCUUCAGCUGCAUCAUAUGCAGUCAUAUACUAGUAUAGCUAACACUAAACCACCCAUAUCACAGGCACAGUGGAUUUCUAAAACUGUACAAAUGUUUACAAACUUGUUUCCUAAUGCUUGCCUACUGGUUUCACAAUCUUUGUAGGAAUCAUAGCUGGCAGAAGUGAUUGGAGUAGCACUGCAAGGAUAAUGAGUGAAAACUCCAGCAUCCUACCCCACACCUGAGUUUGUGAUACUGUGUUGGUACCCUGUUGCUUUGUGUUCCCCAGGUUCUUAUUAAAUGUCAGAUGGCUUGCAACCUGAGUUCUCAGUUGUUGGUUACAGGAUGACAGCCAUAUACAAUAUUUUGCUGUUUCGUGCACGUUGGUAUCCAUCAAUAUGCAAUUUAUUUAUUGGUACACCAUGUAAAUUUAACUUCUGAAUCUAAAGGGGGUGUGAGAAACCUGAUGCCUGUGGGAUAAAUAAACAUAAAAGACCCUUUUUAAAAGGGUGGAGUGAUGGGGUGGAUGGGAUGGGAUGGGGCAUACUGCAGACUGACUUUGUUUUAGCCUUAAAAAAUGUUUUAUUUCACAAAGCUGUCCUUAACUCUGCACUGGAGCCCUAUUAAGCAGCAUGUACAAAUAUACAUAUUUGAGAAUCAAACCGUAUAAUAACCAAUACAUGUUUUUAAUAUUUCUACAUAAGCAAAGAGGAGAAAAAAGUGGAACUGAAGUAUCAAGUCUAUCACAGUCAUAUCAUUGUGCUGUUACGUUUUGAGAUGAUGUAUUCACUUUGUUUGGUCGUGCUAUAUGUUAGCAUUGAUUGAUUAAAGACUCAUCUGCAUGUCAUCCUUACCAUAAAUCCUUUUAGUGCUGUACAUUAAAGAAAUUAAUAAUAUGUAGUAAUUACUGGAAAUAUUCAAGAUGUUUAAAGUAACAAAAAAUACAUAAAAUGCCAGAAAAAUCAAGUGUCCUUGUGUCAGUGUGGUAAACAUCAAAUUGUCUCACAUUGUCUCACCUUAAUAUCUUUGUUUUUGGAGAAAAUUAUUUAUUUCAUUGCAUAUUUAUUCAGUAAUUCUAUUGCAUUUUGUCAACGAACCAAAAACCAGUGACUUUCGAAUUAUGUUGUUGAUGGUUAAGAAGUUUACAGUGUGUUGAGCACAUUGUAUUCAUCUCUGCGUCCUCCAGUUCCUGUUUGUAUUGUUGAUAA